GUGGAACUACAGGGCGUAAUGACGUCAGAGUGCGUGACGCAGAUGUCAGUCUCCCAGGCAGCAGAUGAGACCGUUUGGCGAAGAUGGCGGACUCGCUGUCAUCAGGUCUAGGAGAAGAGCAGGAUAAGGAGGAGGACAAGGAGAGGGACAAGAAGGCAGCCAAAACAGAGAAGAUCAACGAGAAGGACGGAGUCACGGAGACGUUAGCGUUCAACGAUAAAAAUGGCGGCAGUAAGGGCAACAAACGCAACCUGUCAGACCUGUCUCUGGUCAGAUUUAUAACUACUGAGCUGACCAGAGGUUACUUCCUGGAACACAAUGAGGCCAAAUACACAGAGCGCAGAGAGAGGGUCUACACCUGCCUCCGCAUCCCCAAGGAGCUCGAGAAGUUGAUGACAUUUGGCUUCUUCCUCUGUCUGGAUGCCUUUCUCUAUGUGUUCACUCUGCUGCCCCUCAGGGUGAUUCUGGCCCUUUUGCGACUCAUCACGUUGCCAUGCUGUGGCCUCAGUGGCUCCCGCCUGCUCCAGCCAGCCCAGGUGUGUGAUGUGCUGAAAGGCUUCAUUAUGGUGCUGUGUUACUCUAUGAUGAGCUAUGUGGAUUACUCCAUGAUGUACCACCUCAUCAGAGGACAGUCUGUCAUCAAACUGUACAUCAUAUACAACAUGUUAGAGGUGGCGGACCGCCUGUUCUCAUCAUUUGGCCAGGACAUCCUGGAUGCUCUGUACUGGACAGCCACAGAACCCAAGGAGAAGAAGAGAGCGCACAUAGGCGUGAUUCCUCACUUCCUCAUGGCUGUGCUCUACGUCUUUCUCCAUGCCAUCCUCAUCAUGGUUCAGGCCACCACUCUCAACGUAGCCUUCAACUCCCACAACAAGUCCUUGCUCACCAUCAUGAUGUCAAACAACUUUGUGGAGAUCAAGGGAAGUGUGUUCAAGAAGUUUGAGAAGAACAACCUUUUCCAGAUGUCAAACAGUGACAUAAAAGAGAGGUUCACCAACUACAUCCUCCUGCUCAUCGUCUGUCUGAGAAACAUGGAGCAGUUCUCAUGGAACCCUGACCACUUGUGGGUGCUGUUUCCUGAUGUAGUCAUGGUGAUUGCCUCAGAGGUUGCCGUGGAUGUUGUGAAGCACGCCUUCAUCACCAAAUUCAAUGACAUCAGUGCUGAUGUAUACGGGGAAUACAGAGCCAGCCUUGCCUUUGACCUUGUCAGCAGUCGACAGAAAAAUGCUUACACAGACUACAGUGACUCAGUAUCCAGAAGAAUGGGCUUCAUCCCCCUUCCUUUAGCUCUGCUGUUGAUCAGAGUCGUAAUGAGCUCGGUGAAGAUCCAGGGUUCGCUCUCCUUUAUGUGUGUGCUGCUGUUUUACCUGGGGAUGAUCACUCUGAAGGUGCUCAACAGUAUCGUUCUGCUUGGGACCUCCUGUGUGUUCGUCAAGCAGGCCAACAUGGAAGAGAAGCUCUCAGACCCUCCUCCCUCUGUUGUCUCCAGCCGUGCAAACUCUAGAGCUCACCGCACCAAAUACGUUCACACUUCUCCACAGCAAGAACCCACAAAUGACAAAGGAGGAAUAUCACUGGCAGCAGACAAUCCUCCGCCCCCCAACUUGGCAGAGACCUCUGACCCAAUCCUCCCCAAGAGCGACUCGGACACAUUCCUGACCACGCCCGACGAGGAAGACGAUGACAAAAUCAUUAACGCCAACACCGGACUGGAAGGGGACAGACUUGAACACAGAACGCCCAAGAAAGAUUUGUUGGAAAUAGACCGUUUCACCAUCUGUGGCAACAGAAUAGACUGAAUGUCGCACGAAACAACAAGGCAGUUUGUCCUGCUUGCUGAAACAGCAAGUUUCAGGGAUCAGACGCGGGUCAUGGAGCAUGCUCAGACUCGACAUAUUUUUGUGCACCUGACCCCAGGAGUAUUUAUUUAUUUAUUACUGACAAAACCAGCAAAGGCAUAACGCUGUUACUUCAAGCAUCAGAGGCCGCUUCAGAUGUUUCCAUCUAGUCCAGUCGACGCCUCGUGAACCAGGUCGACUUUGAGGAUGCCAUGGCAACCCGCACACAUGCUUGCGGAUGAUGAUGAUGAUGAUGGGUCAAAACUGGCAUGCAGAGCUGGAGCAAAGCCCGAAGAGAGAAACAAAUCUGCACGUGUGAAAUAGUACAACGUGGGUCGCUGUUUGAUCACAGGAACAUGACAGCUGGACUGUGCGAGUACUUGUUCAAAAGCACAAUUAUAUGUACAGCGCAGAGUUGUUUUUAAAAGAACAAAACUUUUUUUAAACAAUUUGAUUUUCAGUUGAAUAUUUGAAAUGAAGUUUUUAUUAAGAAUAUUAAGAUUUUUUUUUUUUUUUUUUCUAAAAUUGACCUGCAGGAUUAAGACUCACAUAAACACAUUGUUGAAAUCUUAAAAUUGCUCUGCAGACACACACUCACCAACACACAUUUUAAAAAGACUUUGUUUAAAGUGAGCUACUGUGGUGAGCCCAGAUGUCCAUAGCUGUCAGACAUGGCAGCAGUAAGUACAAUCAUACGUGCAGUGACUUUGGUCACAGAGGUGACUUUUUUUAGGCACGGAUACAAAUUUGGAAGUUUUAGCAUCAUGCGAUUUGUAUUGAUACAGUUACUUUGCAGCACUGAGAUAAGAUGGUGCCUGUUGGCAAAGACAGAAGUAUUUAUUUUGAAGUGGACUCAAAGUCCGACAAGUUUGGAAGAUAUUUCAUUUUUAAGUUUUAUUUUUUUUUACCAGUAUGCUUCAUUUGUACACCCAUCAUUCAAGCAUGUAGCCUACAGAUAAUCACGUCCUGGUGGAACACCACUGUGUUCUUGGUCUUGUUUCAAAUUCAUGGUGUGUGACACUGGCACACCACCAUCAAGUUAACAUUCUUUACCAUUAUCUUGACAGUGAUGAAAAUUAUUCAGAUGACAUGUAUGCAGGUGAAAUAUUUGAGGAUACCAGAAGGCUGAUGAGGGUGAAUCCCCGGUCAAUAACCAGAAUCAAGAAGGAUCAUAUCAGCAGCACUGUGUGAACCCAGCAUUUUCUCAUUUGCCAGAGAGCUGUUGUCUGACACAGGCUGCUGGCAUUGUUUGCUGUGGUCAUCGGCUGCUGGCUUUGGUUAAUGGAAGUAAACUCUUUCCAAAUGCUUGUAAUGUGUACCCAACAGUCUUUAGAUGCUAUAAAAGCUGCAAAAGUUUGACAAAUUAAGUGGAUCAUGAUGAACUUCAUCAGAAGUUGCAUGUCUUGGGCAACCUAGCCCCAAGUUUUGCCUCUCAUGUCAAUACCCUCCAUUUCAUUAGAUCAGUGCCGCAGUGCUCACAAACACAUUCUGUUUAAAAAAAUAAAUAAAAUCUUUAUAUAGAUUUUUGGAAAACCCAGGUCUUCUAGCAAUCCUUAUUGAUCUUCUGAAAAUAUUUGCAAAUUCAUCAAAGACUCUUCUAACAAUCAGAAGGGAAAUAUAAAAUUUGUCUAUAUCAUUUACUGUGAUUGUAUCUUAUUUACAUGUAUUAUUUGUGUUUUUAAUUGUUUUAAUCAUAAAAAAAGGGAUUAGGAAGAUCAUAAAUUAAUAGGCUAAGAAUUAUAGUUGGAACUUUAAAAACAGAUUAAAUAGAUGGCACACAAUACCACGUUCACUUGUAAUAGUAUUAAAGAUGUUUCGGUUAACUGACCAUCUUUUUUUUCUUUUCUUCAAAGAUUGCCUGAAAUUCAUUGUUCAGAAAAAAAAGAUUAAAUGUAAUACAUGAGAGGCACAAACUAGGGCUAAAGGGAUAGUUUGGAUAUUAUAUAAAUGAAAUGAGGAUGUAUGAGGUAGGCUUAUCCAUAGUCAGUGUAUCUGCACUCAGCACGUCCCCAGUUAUGAGAAGCAGACAGGAGUAAUGACAAGGAAGCUUAUGGGGCCAGCAGCAAAACAUGUAUUUUAGCCACCUAAAGAAAAGGCCCAUCUAAAAAAAACAAUAUCUGUUUAGUUGUACACUAUAUUUUCACCGUUUUACUUUACUAUAAAACAACCCUUUCCACGGAAGUCUCCCUCUGCAAAAGUACACCUGUAUACUCUGGCUCAUAAAGUUACUUAGUUUCUCAAAACUGGGGGCGUGCUAGUCUACAUACACGACAUUCCACUUCCGCGAUUGCUUCAGUAUCGCCAGAAAUUCCGCUGAAUGCCCCUCAUUUAGGCCAGAUAUCCAUUACCUUGGGCUUUCUUUGUGUUGGCAUUUUAAACUCCGGCUGAUUUCUGAGGACUAUGGUUAACUGCUCCUCAGAUCUCUGCAGGGUAAAUGCAGACCACUAGAUAGACUAUCUGACCAAUCUGAGUUUUCUGUUUCAAGACAAAAAAAAACCUUUGAACGUACACGUUUCACCAAAACAAGUUACUUCAGGGGCCUUUGUGCCGUACGGCGCAUAGCACCGCCUAAGAUGCUUGGGAUUGGUUUAAAAAAAUGCCUGUGAACCAGAGCACUUUUUUCUCCCAUCCCGCAAUGCUGUGUGGACUCGUCAGACCCUCCUCCACAGCGCUGUGUAGGAAGGUCUGGAAACGCGAGACUAGGGGCAUGCCGAACCUCCAUAUACACUUACUAUGGAUAAGUAGCCUACCUCAUACAACCCCACUUUAAAAUAUCCAAACUAUCCCUUUAAAUCCAACCUUACUAUUGGAGGACAGUAAAUAAAAUAAGAAAUUGCAGUCCUGUGAACAAAGGAUGAAGAGUGUGGAUCAUGACAGAGCAAUGUGUGUUUGUGUGUGUCUUUGUGAGACAGAAAGAGAUCAUUUGCAGUGCGUGGAUGGAUCUCACUACCUAAAGACGUAUACAUCGGACAUUUCAUUGUUUAUAUUUUCAUGUACAACCCAUCUACAGUAUGUAAUGCAUCUCCCAUGUGGUAGGAGAAUUAAACAAGAUUUUGUUUUGUAA